GUGGCGUUUGUUGUUGGCCCUCAGAUAUUAAGAAGUUAGAGAGAGAUUAUUAGCAGCUUCCAUUAAUUCUUGUGUGAAGAUGAAUGGUUUUAAGCACAAAGUGGGUGAAUCCCUGAUUUUGAUUAAGAAGAACAGAUGGGAUUUUAUGCUUAAACCUUCAGAGAGUUCGUGUUCUUCGAUCGUUUUGUCUCCGGAAAAGUCACUAUUUGAUGUGGGUUUCAUUAGUUUUUCAUCCACGGCAACGGGAAAGAAUGCGGUUGACGUGGGAAUAGAUGAGACGGUGAAAAAGGUGGUGUUAAACUCAGGUCAUGUGAGCAAAACUAGUGUUGAUCCCAGCAGACUGUGUAAGGAUGUGCUGGGGACAGAAGGAAAUCCAAUUUUGUCCAGAGGAUGGUGGAGUAGAGAGUGUCUGGUUAGUUCAUGGACUCCUUACCAACUUGCGAAGUACCGUGGACAGCCUGCAAUACUUCCUUGCUUAGCUAGAUCCCUUGCGUCCAGUUCAGCUUCUCAGUCAUCAAGGCAAACUCCACCAGAGCGGAACAGAAAGGACAUAUCUACAGUUGAUGAUCCUUUUGAUGCCCCCACAUACAAUAUUCCAGAGAAGCCAGUGACCUUUACAGAAGGUGCCUCAUACAGUGUUAUCAUACUUGUAGGACUUGGUAUUGCAGCUGCAGCUGGAUAUGCUGUUUUCAAGGAGCUUAUUUUUGAGCCUAAGGAGUACAAGAUUUUUGGAAAGGCUCUGGAAAGGGUUCAGAAUGAUGGUCAGGUUAGAGUGAGGAUCGGAUCACCUGUUACAGGCUAUGGUCAAGAAAGUAGAAACCGGGCAGCUCGGCAACGGAUUCCGAAUAGAACUUGGACUGAUGAAGAUGGUAUUGAGCAUGUUGAGGUUAAUUUCUAUAUUCGUGGGCCCCAUGGAGCUGGCAAGGUUUAUGCUGAGAUGUUCAAAGACCAGGCGGACAAACAGUGGAAGUUCACAUUUCUGAUAGUUGAGAUCAAAUCACCUUCACCAGCACAGUUGAUGCUGGAGUCAUAUGUCCCAGCUUAGGACAUUGAGAUCAAAUAAAAUUCAUACAUCUGUUCAUGCUCAUACCAAAUGUCAUUUUUUAAUCUAAUCUGUUGUCUGAUUUAUAUGGCAUUGGUUGAAUUAUUGUUUUAAUGAGGCCUGGCAUUUGGCAGUCAGGCAUUUAGAAUCAUUGUUUUAGUCACUUCUUGUAUUCCGAUUUUUUUAAUUUAUACGGGGAUAACUGUUUGCUUGGCUUGCGAGGCACCACUGGCUUCUCUUUCUUUCGCUGCCAUUUAACAGCUCAAGCUAUUGGCUGCACACAACCAAUUGUUCAAAGGCCCUUGCUGGGGCUGUACAACUUAAAGGAAAAUGGGCAUUCUGUGGCCUCACCAAUGGUCUUUUGGUUCUGAGGGUCUGACUUCUAAGUCAUCCAAAGGAUGGCUUUAGCCAGAACAUAUUGGAUGGAAAACCCACAUUUAGAAUUAAUGGAUUAUAUUUGUCAGUAGUUGAACCAAA